UAACUUCCUGCAAAGAGGACCUUUACAGUAUUUUUGGAGAAGUUAGUAAAACCGAAUCUGACAUCACCAUUUAGCAGUGCAUACAGCUAGAAGUGGUUUGUUCUUAGGGUAACAGAGAAGGAAACCUGCUCCCCAUCUGAUAAGACAGUGCAGGGGGGACGCGUGCCGUUUCUUAGGGACACAGCUGAUCUCCAGAUAUGACCAUGUAUUUGUGGCUCAAACUUCUGGCCUUUGGCUUUGCCUUUCUGGACACAGAAGUGUUUGUCACAGGGCAAGAGACCAUUUCCCCCACUAAUGGACUGAACACAACAGAGAAGGCCCUUCCUCUGACUCAGAGUGACCCUUUACCUGCUCACACCACUGAAUUCACACCCUCAAGCAUCUCUGAAAGAGAAACUGACUCCUCAGAGAACACCUAUCUUUCAGGUUUUUCAUCCACGCCGCUGCCUCACCAUUUCCCGCAACCAGACCCUCAGACGCCCUCUGCCAAAGGAGCUGACACCCAGACACUCAGCACCCAGGCUGAACUCACAACACUCAUGCCUGCUCCUGGCAGGCCUGACCCACCAGGUGUGCCAGGGGAGAUGACUACAAUGGGGACAUUUCCUGCAGACACAGCCCUUCCUACAGACACCCUCUACCUUGCACGCAACAGCUCUGCUGUCUCACCUACACACACCUCCAACAUCAGCACCACAGGUGACAAUCUUAUAUCCACUUCAUCAACCAUUCUGGACCUUGCAAGCAAUGUCCCUGCAAACAUAACAUCAGUUACUAUUCAACCCAAGCCAUCAUGUGAUGAAAAAUUUGGGAGCAUUAUUGUACGUUACAACUAUAGCAGUAGUAAGAAGUCUUUUGAGGCAAAGCUAGAAGGUGACAAAAACCCUCAAUGUGAAGCUGUGGAUUGUGAAAACCUUAAAAAUCUACAAGAAUUCUGCUCACAGAGAAAUUUCACUGUGUCUAAUGGCUCAUGUAUUCCAGAUAAAAUUAUAGAAUUAGAUGUACCACCAGAUCCUGAGAAUUUUCAACUGCAUAAAUGCACAAAACCAAUAGAAGCUAAUACUACAAUUUGUUUGGAGUGGGAUUUUGACAACAGAUUUGGCUGUGAUACAAGAAAAAUUUCAUACAGAAUUCGCUGUGAUAAAGGUGAUCCAACAGAUUCUAAGAAAAUAGAGCUAACUGGUCUGACACCCCAAAUGGCUUACCAAUGUGUUGGAGAAAUCCUCUAUAACAGCAACACAUUUUUCAGAAAAGAAACAUCUGUGACGACGGAUUUGGGGACUCCAAAGAAGCCCAAGGAUCUUAAGUGUGGGGAUGUUACUGAGAACACAACUUCAGUUACCUGGACUCACCCUUCACCUUUUCCCCAUGGAUAUUAUUUAUAUUUAUGUCUCAAUAAGACCAAUCCAGGAGAAUGUAAAACUAUGAAUGUGAAUGGGACCCAUUAUGAGAUGAAGUACCUGAAACCUUAUACACCUUAUAGAGUGUCACUCAACGCCUAUGUCUUUGGGGAAGUGGAACGCCAAGGGCCUGCUGAAUCAUGCUCCUUUAGGACGAAAGCAGCUCCACCAAGCAUAGUCAAUGGAAUGAAAGUCGUCAGGAAGUCAGAAAAUUUUAUAAUUGUCACAUGCGAUCUUCCUAGUGAAACUAAUGGCCCUGGAAAAUUUUACAUUUUGAAAGUCAAAAGUGGAGAUUCCUUAUUUAAGGAUUUCAACAGCACUACGUGCAAAUUUGAUGUAGCAAAUCUCUACUAUUCAACUGACUAUACAUUUCUGCUCUCUUUUCACAAUGGAGUGUAUCAGGGAGAGGCAGUUGCUCAAUAUCAAUCAACAUCUUAUAAUGCUAAGGCACUGAUUAUAUUCCUGGUGUUUCUGAUUAUUGUGACAUCAAUAGCCCUGCUUGUUGUUCUGUAUAAAAUCUAUGACCUGCGUAAGAAAAGAUCCAGCAAUUUAGAUGAACAACAGGAACUUGUCGAAAGGGAUGAUGAAAAGCAACUUAUGGAUGUGGAGCCAAUUCAUGCUGACAUUUUGUUGGAAACAUAUAAAAGGAAGAUUGCUGACGAGGGUAGACUUUUUCUGGCUGAGUUUCAGAGCAUUCCACGAGUAUUCAGCAAGUUUUCUAUCAAAGAUGCCCGAAAGCCCCACAACCAGAAUAAAAACCGUUAUGUUGACAUCCUUCCCUAUGAUUACAACCGUGUUGAACUCUCUGAAAUAAAUGGAGAUGCAGGGUCCACCUACAUAAAUGCCAGCUACAUUGAUGGCUUCAAAGAACCAAGGAAAUAUAUUGCUGCACAAGGACCCCGGGAUGAAACUGUUGAUGACUUCUGGAGGAUGAUCUGGGAACAAAAAGCCACAGUUAUUGUCAUGGUCACACGAUGUGAAGAAGGAAACAGGAACAAGUGUGCAGAAUACUGGCCAAGCAUGGAGGAAGGCACCCGGGCUUUCAGAGAUGUUGUUGUAAGGAUCAACGAACACAAAAGAUGUCCUGAUUACAUCAUUCAGAAGCUGAACAUCACACAUAAAAAAGAGAAAACAACUGGAAGAGACGUGACUCAUAUUCAGUUUACCAGCUGGCCAGACCAUGGAGUUCCUGAAGACCCCCACCUGCUCCUCAAACUCCGACGGAGGGUUAAUGCUUUCAGCAACUUCUUCAGUGGCCCCAUUGUGGUACACUGCAGUGCUGGUGUUGGGCGCACAGGCACCUACAUUGGAAUUGAUGCUAUGCUGGAAGGCUUGGAAGCAGAGGGCAAAGUGGAUGUCUAUGGUUAUGUUGUCAAACUAAGGCGACAGAGGUGUCUGAUGGUACAAGUGGAGGCACAGUAUAUCUUGAUCCAUCAGGCAUUAGUGGAAUACAAUCAGUUUGGGGAAACAGAAGUGAAUUUGUCUGAGUUACAUUCGUGUCUACAGAACAUGAAGAAGAGAGAUCCACCCAGUGACCCCUCUCCUCUGGAGGCUGAAUUCCAGAGACUUCCUUCAUACAGGAGCUGGAGGACACAGCACAUUGGAAAUCAAGAUGAAAAUAAAAAGAAAAACAGGAAUUCUAAUGUUAUUCCAUAUGACUUUAACAGAGUCCCGCUUAAGCAUGAGCUGGAGAUGAGCAAAGAGAGUGAGCCUGACUCAGAGGCAUCUUCUGAUGACGACAGUGACUCAGAGGAAACCAGCAAAUAUAUCAACGCAUCAUUUGUGAUGAGUUAUUGGAAACCAGAGAUGAUGAUCGCUGCUCAGGGACCACUAAAAGAGACCAUUGGUGACUUCUGGCAGAUGAUAUUCCAAAGGAAGGUCAAGGUUAUUGUGAUGUUGACAGAGUUAACAAGUGGAGACCAGGAAGUCUGUGCUCAAUACUGGGGAGAAGGAAAGCAGACUUACGGAGACAUGGAAGUAGUUAUGAAAGAUACCAACAAAUCCUCAGCCUACACUCUCCGUGCCUUUGAACUGAGACAUUCUAAGAGGAAGGAGCCCAGAACUGUGUACCAGUACCAGUGUACCACGUGGAGUGGGGAAGAGCUCCCUGCAGAGCCCAAAGAUCUGGUGUCUAUGAUUCAGAACCUCAAACAGAAGCUUCCCAAGAGUUGCCCUGAAGGGAUGAAGUAUCACAAACACACGCCAAUCCUAGUCCACUGCAGAGAUGGAUCCCAGCAGACAGGUUUGUUUUGUGCUUUGUUCAACCUCUUGGAAAGUGCAGAAACAGAAGAAGUGGUUGAUGUUUUUCAAGUGGUAAAAUCUCUACGCAAAGCACGGCCAGGGAUGGUGUGCACCUAUGAGCAAUACCAGUUCCUCUAUGAUGUCAUUGCCAGCACCUACCCUGCCCAGAAUGGACAAGUGAAGAAAGCCAACAGUCAAGACAGAAUUGAAUUUCACAAUGAAGUUGGUGAAGACAAGCAGGAUGCUAACUGUGUUCAUCCAGCUGGUGCUCCGAAUAAAACUCAGGAAGACGGUGGAGCUUCGGGAGCUUCUGAGUCCCCCAGUGGUACUGAAGAGCCAGAACUUUCUGCCAAUGGUCCUGCGAGCCCAGCUCUAGCUCAGAGUUCAUAGGAGAGGGCUCAAGUGGGACAACUCAAAAAGCUCAAAUUAGUUAUUUCUAUUUUUCUAGAACCAGUGAAAGAAAAUGGCUGUGCAGGGGUUUGUGGAAUCUGUGUCCAAUCUUACCACUGUCGAAAAAUAUUUAAGUUUUGUCAAAAUGUUUUGUACAGUUUUAUGCUUAUUUUAAAAAUGUAUCUAUCAAUCAGCAAGAAUGUGUGUAUAAGUGUGUUGUGUGUGUGAGUGAGCCUAAGUAUGAGUUUGUGAGUGUGUAAGGUGUGUGUAUGUGUGAGAGAGUAUGUGUGUGUGAGAGUGAAGGUGUGGGUGCAUGUGUGUAUGUAUGAAAGAGAGAGAGAGAAGAGAGAAACAGUGAGCUAGAUGAUAUUAGGGAGAGUGCUUUCAAGCUAUUCUAAAUGCUCUUGAGAAACAUUGCCCUUUUUUUCCCCGAAGAAACUAUACAUUUUAUAUCUAAAUCAUUAAUUUGCUUGAAGGAUCCAUUUUUUAAACACCAACUGAGUGUGGACUUAAUUAUAAGAAUACCAAUGUGUGCGUUUCUGAAAUGACCUCAAGAUGUCCUCCUUGUUCUACUGAUGAUCUUGUAGUUUAGAAUGCUAUUUCUGGAGAUACAUAGAAGAAUGUAAGAGUGCUGUGGGUCUGUAUAGCUGCUGCAGGAAGGCUAACUAAAUUAACAUUUGGGAAUUUAUGCUUCACAUACUGUCAUUUCCUCACUAUCUGUUAGUGCAUAAUUAAUCAAACAUAAAAAUAGCAAGAGAACCUAAUUUUGUAUACAUGUAGGAAAUAGAACUUUGUAAAUUGGCUGUUGUCUACACAAUAAAUGAAAAUUACUACUUGAUGCUCUCAAUCAUAUUUAUACAUGUUAUGACUGAACCUAAUAAAUUGUCCUUAAACAAAUACAGUGUAUGUUAAAAGCACAUAGAAUAAAAACAGGAACCUAAAAAUUGGUUUGUGCUGAUGAUUCACAUAAGAUUCACAUAAGAGACCUCGUACAGGUAUCUCACAGAAUUCAGCACUCAUGAGAAGCAUGAAAUUGAAUGUGCGUAUCUACUAUGUUUAAAGCCAUCUUCAUCCUCAAUACAGUGCAUUUAUUUUGAAUUUUGUAAAUGCUUACUUUGUUACCAAGAAAUAAUAUUGAUAACCAUAAUAAAAUUUCAAUUAUUA